AUGUGCGUUUAUAAAGAUCACUUUUUACUUUUGCCAAAUCCGCACAGCAAUUUUUUAUUCAUAAAUUUUCAAUAUUUUCAGAAAACUAUUUUGGAUAGUAUUGCGAAAGAGGACAACAAUUUCACCGGUGACGGUUAUACCAGUUUGGCAGUUAUUUACACGACAUUUUCACUAUGCAAUUGGCUGGCGCCGUCCUUCAUAUCAUUUACAGGGCCACGUGUAGCUAUGUUGGCUGGAUCACUCACCUAUACUCUUUUCAUGAUCAUCUUUUUAUUUCCCUCUAAUUGGUUACUCUACCUGUCGAGCGGCAUUUUGGGCGCUGGUGCUGCCAUUACCUGGACGGGUCAGGGUAACUUCUUAGCUCGCUGCAGUGAUCUCUCCACCAUUUCGCGCAAUUCGGGUGUAUUCUGGGCGCUGUUGCAAUGCAGCAUGUUCUUCGGCAACAUUUUUGUCUACUUUCAAUUCCAAGAUAAGGAACAUAUUGAUGCAGGCACACGUGGCAUGGUGAUUGGUGUGCUAACAGCUGUUGCAGUAUUGGGUAUAGUUUUCCUAGCAGCAUUGCGUCCCAUGGCUGACAACUCGGUUGGUACAUCCGAAAUGCAACGGCAGCAGCAACAACAUCGAACUGGCUGGGGAAGCGCUGUGUAUGCACUGAAAUCGGCUGGCAAUCUCUUUAUCACACGGGAUAUGUUGCUGUUAAGCGUGGCAUUCCUAUACACAGGCAUGGAAUUGUCCUUCUUCAGUGGCGUCUAUGGUCCCUCAAUAGGCUUCACAAAGAAGAUACACAAUACACCAAAGGAAAUUGUUGGUCUCGCUGGCAUUUGCAUAGGCGCUGGAGAAGUGUUUGGCGGUGGUCUCUUUGGUAUUUUAGGAAAGAAGACAACGCGCUUUGGCCGCGAUCCUAUCGUUAUUGCGGGCUAUGUCAUACAUAUGAUUGCAUUUUUCUUGAUAUUCCUUAACUUGCCUGACAAUGCGCCCUUCAAGGACACCGAAGAUAUAUCCUAUAUGGACCCACCUCGCGCAUGGAUCGCUUUGUUGUGUGCAUUUAUGUUGGGUCUUGGUGAUGCCUGCAUGAACACGCAAAUCUAUUCUAUGCUGGGUGGGGUGUAUGUAAAGAACUCCGUGGGCGCGUUUGCGUUAUUCAAAUUUACGCAGUCCAUCGCCGCCGCUAUCAGCUUUUUUUACUCUUCGCAUCUUGGCUUGCGCGCUCAAUUAGGCAUUUUAGUCGUUUUCGGCACAAUAGGCACAGCCUGCUUCUGCAUUGUAGAAUGGGCGGUCAAGCGACGCCAAAGGGAAACGCCAGAAGAUUCAAGAACAGUUUCGCAAGACUCUCGCUCUGUUUCAUACGACAAAUAAGGUGAACAUAUUAAAGCCAUACCUGAACUACAUAAAUAGAGCAUUUGAGACCUGAUCUGACAAAAAUAUAAAAUUUUAAAGUUACGCCCGAAAUGUUAAAGAUACAAAAAAUAAGCCAAUUUUUAGAGUCCAAACAUUUAUUUUUCAGUAAA